AUGACUGUGGAUAUGGUGGGGGCAUUACCCAAGAAGAGACAGGAUGGCCAGGAUGAAGAUUGUGACACUUUGAGGAAUUCGUCAGACUGUGAGGCACGCAGCGAUGAAUACCGUACAGAGCUGACCACCGCGCUGCAGCGUGUGGACUUAUUCAUGGGCCAGUUCAACCAAGUCCUCUUAACAUCCAUCUCCACCUUCAUUAAAGGCGACCUCACCAUUGCUAACCUCGGGACCUCAGAGGGUCGUUUCAUGCAGGUUGUGAUUUCUCGAACGAUACUGAACGUCCCUCAUGUGAAUUUUCGCCUGGAUUCCCACCCUGUGUCUCCAGAAGUAGUUGUGGAGCACCCGUUAAACCAGAAUGGCUACACACUGGUGGUCACAGGAAACAAGAUUACCAAAAUCCCAUUGAAUGGGUUGGGCUGUGGACAUUUCCAGUCCUGCAGUCAGUGUCCUCUCCGCCCCUCCCUUUGUGCAAUGUGGCUGGUGCCAUGACAAGUGUUUGCCGUCAGAGGAAUGCCCCGCGGGACGUGGACUCAAGAG